AUGGGAGUAACAAAGAAACCCGACUUGAAUGAUCCUGUAUUAAGAGCAAAAUUGGCUAAGGGGAUGGGACAUAAUUAUUAUGGGGAACCGGCAUGGCCUAAUGAUCUUUUAUAUAUUUUUCCCGUAGUAAUUCUAGGUACUAUUGCAUGUAACGUAGGUCUAGCGGUUCUAGAGCCAUCAAUGAUUGGUGAACCGGCAGAUCCAUUUGCAACUCCUUUGGAAAUAUUACCCGAAUGGUACUUCUUUCCCGUAUUUCAAAUACUCCGUACAGUACCCAAUAAGUUAUUGGGUGUUCUUUUAAUGGUUUCGGUACCAGCGGGAUUAUUGACAGUACCCUUUUUGGAAAAUGUUAAUAAAUUCCAAAAUCCAUUCCGUCGCCCAGUAGCUACAACAGUCUUUUUGAUUGGUACGGCAGUAGCCCUUUGGUUAGGUAUUGGAGCAACAUUACCUAUUGAUAAGUCUCUAACUUUAGGUCUUUUUCAAAUUAAAAUAGAUCUUGAAAUACUAAGGUAA